UGACAUUUAAAACUUCCGGAUGACUAAGCAUACAUUAUUUUGUGUUAUGUUCUUGACUUUAAAUAUGCAUAAAUAAUGCAAUAAUGUUACCUAGGGGAAGUAACUCUUUCGUGAUAUUUGUCAUGUCUGGUAUUGAUUACGCCCGUUGGAAAUAAUCCUUAAGGUAAUAUUAAGGUAAGAAGGACAUACAUUAAAAGGGCAAUUUGAAAAACGGAGACAUUGUGCUGAAUGACCAUUUGAAAGAAAUGCAAAUUUCACAGUCUGGACCAAGAAGACAACAUGACAAAGACGAACCAGUCACAAUUGAACAGGAAGUUUUGCAAGCUCCAGACGGUGGCUGGGGAUGGUUUGUUGUUCUUGGAUCUUCGAUAGUGCACGCCAUCAUUGGUGGAUUCGAGCGGUCAAACGGAGUAAUGUAUCUACAGCUGCUAUCAAGAUAUAACCAAAGUGCCACAGCAACUGCCUGGGUUCUCUCACUUUUCUCCACACUCAGGCUUGCAAUGGGACCACUCGCAAGUGCAUUGUGCAACAAGUUUUCAUGUCGGUUUGUGGUGAUUCUUGGGACAGCCAUAUCUUCAUUUGGAGUAUUGGUCUCUGGUUUUGUGUCUGAUUUACCAUAUCUAUAUCUUACAUAUGGCAUACUUGGAGGUGUAGGUAGGGCAUUUGUAUACACACCUGGACUUAUUAUUGUUGGCUAUUACUUCAGUAAGAAGCGUGGUAUUGCUGUUGGGCUAGCUACAUCCGGUGUCGCAUUCGGUAGUUUCCUGCUACCACCGCUAACAGAACUACUUUUUAAUGAAUACGGGUUUUCUGGUACUUUCAUCGUACUCGCAGCCAUUAUGAGCAACUUCUUUGUUUGUGGAUCUUUAUUUAGACCUUUGGGACUGCAUAGAAGACUCAUAAGCAUUGAAAGGAACAAAUCAGAAGGAUCGAAAUCUAUCACAAAAGAUGGAACCAUGGAGCAUCUAUUACAUCCAAUUCCAGUGAGAACUGCGAAUAUCACGCAAAACUUUUCCGAAACAAAACUGUCAUCAUCUCUGGAAAUUACAGAUGAAAUGACAAAAGAAACAACGGAAACUUCUAUGACAAAACAGAUAAGAUCGAGGCUUAAAAUGGUUUUCAGCAGUUCUGAUUCUGGUGCAGCUCAAACCAAAAGAAAACCAUUGUUGGAAGUGUCAUUGCUGAAAAAUUUUGCAUUUUGCGCACUUUGCAUACAACUGUUUCUGUUUACGCUUUCUUUAAACUCAACAUUUGUAUUUUUACCAGCACUGGCAGAGGAACAUGGCGUCACCCCAAUAGAAGGGGCAUAUUUAGUUUCUAUUCUUGGCAUACUAGACGGUAUAGCGAGACUAGUUAUGUCAUCUGUGCUGGAUUUAAAAAGUGUAAAACCUUAUAGAUUAUUAAUUUACAAUGGAGUGAUGUUUCUCGUCGCCGUUGUUUCGCUACUUAUGCCUUCUAUGAAAGGUUUCUGGCAGUUUGUCGUCACAAGUGGAUUGUAUGGUUUAUUGUGCGGUACGUACAUAUCGCAGAAAUCAGUAGUUGUUGUGGAUAUUUUGGGCGUUGAGAGUUUGUCCAGUUCUUUAGGCCUGCUGCUGCUUUUUCAAGGACUAAGUGGAUUUAUAGGACCAACAGUCGGCGCUAAAGUCCCAGAUCGGAAAUUUCUAACAAUCAAACUACCGAAAAUUCAGGCACUUUUAAAAUACAUUAAGAUUCUACUUUUAAUGCGAAAACUAAAUCACAUUUUCUUCUUUCAUGUUUACACUAAGAGAGUGAAAUGCAUCAAGAAAUCUUAUUCAAGUUUACUACAGGUAUCUUCAAAGACUUUCUUGGUACCUAUGAUAUGGCAUUCUAUUUCGGUUCGAUCGGCAUUGUGGCAGGAGGCUUGACGAUGGCAGCGGGAAAUAUCUGGUUGUACCGACAAAAGAAGCAGACAGAGACACAUAUUCCCGGUGAAUAACAAGAUCCGAACACUGUAUAAUACUAUACUGCACAGAAACACAUGCGUGUUCAUGGUUAUAACACUGUAUUUUGCUUACACAAUAAAAGAGCCUUUAUCUUUUAUAAUAAAACGUCCAGUUCUGUUGAAAGUUAGAUCAAACUUCACGUUUGUUAAACAUAAACUGUCUAAGGAACUUACCCCUCACAAAGGAAAUUGUUCUCGUUAUUUGCGAAAAAAAAAAUUCCGACAUUUUGUCAAGCAAAGUCUGUGAAGUUUAGUUUCGCUGAAAUGACAAUUUACCAAAUCGCCUCGGAAAUAAUGAAGAAUAUAGAUAUAUAAGUACAUAUAGAAUAUUCAGAUAUUCAUUGUUCUGGAAACAAGCACGCAUACAUUACAAAUAAACUCGAUUACUGUGGCCAGUUAUUGAAGACUGUUUAAAGAUAACAACAAAACUCCAUUUAAGACUCUUAUGUAGCCUUUAAUUAAGUAAUCUAAAUAUAAAUCACGUAAUGAGUAAUCGAUGAAUAAAGAGGACGAGCUUUCGCUUAAUAAAGGUAAAUAUUUACUGACUCUUCAUGAUGAGCUACUUAGCUUUAAUAUAACAAUAUUUUAGCGAAAUGAAUUUUUUCAAUACCAUAGGCCUUGGAAUUGCACUUCAUGUUUUGCCGUAGAACAAAACAUUGCGAGACAAUGUCCGUUUGUAUUCAUGUAUUCCUAUGUCAAAUUUUCCUUUGUUUAUAUUUAAGGAAAGGUAAAUAUUGUUUAUAUAUAAGUCGAAUUUUCGAUGGUUCAUUUUUAAAGAACGAUAAAUAUCGCUUUCAGGGAAAAUUAGGGCUAUGUAGAAUGUUUAAUGAGAAUGUUUAAAAACGGCAACGGAAUAUCCUCAUUAGGUAUCCAUACUCGGAAAUAUGCAACAUUGGGGCAUCUGUUAGGGAUGAUCCUUUCAUUUUUGUGGUCCCGGGGAGAAGUUUUGAAAUUCCUCAAAAGAGAGGGAGGUGUGCUUUUAAGUCUGUACACAUAAAAUAUAAACACGGACACAGCAUUUUGGAGUCUGGAAAAAUAUUGGAAGUGGAAAUCGUGAAUUCAUGAAGUUGAAAUCGUGAAAUCGUGAAUUCAUGAAGUGGAAAUCGUGAAAUCGUGAAUUCAUGAAGUUGAAAUCGUGAAUUCGUGAAGUUGAAAUCGUGAAAUCGUGAAUUCGUGAAGUGGAAAUCGUGAAUUCGUGAAGUGGAAAUCGUGAAUUCAUGAAGUUGAAAUCGUGAAACCAUGAAUUCGUGAAGUGGAAAUCGUGAAUUCGUGAAGUUGAAAUCGUGAAUUCAUGAAGUGGAAAUCGUGAAUUCGUGAAGUGGAAAUCAUGAAUUCAUGAAGUUGAAAUCAUGAAAU